GGUCCGGGGGCGCAAGUCUGCAGGCAGUGGAGUAUUACGUAAGCAGGUGUGCAGUCGACAUCCAGCACACUCGAUUCUGCUAGUCUGCACUUCUGGGGGUACCAUACUCAUCAAGCUGAGGAGAGACAAGCAGUACAAGUCUUCUGAGAUUGACUGCAGGGUCCCAGAGAUUUAGCGACCAUGGAGAACGAACAUUGCGGCAGCGCGAACGUGCCACGGCAAGAUUUGUCAGAGCAAAGAAGUGGGUCGAGGUUGAGCCAUCCGUCUGCGGUUCGGCUUUUCUGUCCGUCCGACGGCAGAUUAGGCUAAAGCAGCAACGCAAUUUGCUGCCCGCCCGUAGUUUAUUCUUCACAUUCAAUGCCGCAUAUACACACUCACUAUCGAAGCUCCCCCUAUACAAAUUCCCAUCCAAGAUCUCCGCUACAUGACCGAGCUCAAUCUCGUAUUGAUUGGCACUGGCACAGCCUGGGACAUCACGCUGUCUAGCUCCCGAAAGGGCAUCCAGCUGUCUGUCGCCAUAAAGCCGAAGACAAACGCCCCCUCUGCCAUCAUGAGCUCAGUUCAGGCUGUGAACGAGUCUCAGCCCGUCAGCUCUGUGCUACUCGUUCCGCCCCACUUGGCGGCCUCUUCUGGGAUUUCAACCAUCGUGCGAAGCUCAGUCGAAAUCACCCAUGAGGCUCAGUAUGUCCCCGAUCAGCAAGCUCAUCCCGAUCAGACCUGCCCCAGUGUAGUCACAACUACCACUGCUACUGCAUCCUCAGAGGCCACUGCCUCUUUCGACGUACCUCAGCCAGUGUCGACUAGCGUCAGACCCCGAGGCGAAAUGUCUCCCUUGAGACUCCCGGACGAAAGCAUCUUGUAUCCACUUGGUCCAGCCGUAAUCACUGGUAGCUCAAAGUCUCGAGAGACGGGUGCUUCUCCUGCCAAGCCUGUAGGCAAACGUGGAGGAUCUCGACCAGUCCCUGACGCCAACCCACCUGGAUCAUCGAGCGCAGCGAUGCAGGCGAGCGAAGCUCCUACGGUUGUUGACCGUAGCCCGAAGAACAGUCGAAAAAGACCAGAGGACAAGAUCUCCUGUGAGGAAGUACUUCAUCCCUUGCAGAAGCGAUCUGUACGACGACGGCGAGAGUAAGCUUGCCUUGCUUGAACUUUCGAGGACGGAAAGUGCUUGCGUUGCCCCAGGGUUUGUGUAGUGAUCACUCCACCCUUCUGAAUAUUGCGGGCGCUGUUGUGCGCCCAAAACCCUCCCAUGUUCCCUUCCCUUUUUAUCCUUGAGACCCAUGUACGGCGAACCAAAGAGAACAGAAACAAAUGAAAAAUGUAAGAAAAUUGGUAAAAGAAAUCGAUAGCAAU